CAUUGGAUUUUUGAAAGUGUUGGUGUAUUUUUUUGUGUGUGGUUAAUUUUUUAUUUCUUAUUUUUCAAUGUAAAGGAGAGGAUGCUCACAUUAGAAUAGAAUGUCUUCUAAUAAUGGGAAAAACAAUUCUCGUUCCAGGAACCCACCAAUGCAUCGAUUUGCAGAACCUCAACCAACCAUCCCGACAAAUGAGGAAAUAACAGCUCAAGAAGCAAGACUCCUUGCCCUUAGAGCUGCAAUGGCGACCAAUGGAUCUGUGAGACCUUUACGUGUUGCAGCCAAAACCAUCAGAAAUAAAAAUAAGAGACUCGUUGCUGUGGAUAAGAGUCACCUGAAAUUGUUCAAGGAAAAUGGUGUCCAAUCAAUUUGCUUGGUCCAUUCUCCUAAUAGUAAAGGUACAUCUUGGGGGCAUAAUGUUUGUGGUCCUGAUGCCCAGAAACUUAUAAAUUCGCCCAUCGGCCGGGAGUUUCUUGCUAGCUGGAAAAAAAUGUCUGAUGGUUUACAAGCUGGAGUGGUUCCAUUGAGUCAACCAGCAUUGGUUGAAAAUUCACUUGAUGUGGGGCAGCCAUUGCUAGAAAAUAGACGAACCACAACUCCUGUGAAUAAAGAGUCAACUCAAGGCGAUGAUGUAGAACGUUACGCAUCGCCAGUGAACAGAUCUUCCAUGUCAGAGUCCGACUCUAACUUUUUGGCCCAGUCUGACAUACAAACAACGCCAGUUCAAUUUCCAAUUGUCGGUGGUUCUGGUAAAGCUUGCUUAUCAUAUUUGUAUUGUUUUUUGAGCCUGUUACUUCAAUCGUUAGACGUAGCAGCUUCCAUGUCAGCAGAGUCCAACUCUAGCAGUUCGGCCCAGUCUGACGUACAAACAACGCCAGUUCAAUUUCCAAUUUUCGGUGAUGCUGACGUAGCAGCUUCCAUGUCAGCAGAGUCCAACUCUAGCAAUUCGGCCCAAUCUGACGUACAAACAACGCCAGUUCAAUUUCCAAUUUUCGGUGAUGCUGACGUAGCAGCUUCCAUGUCAGCAGAGUCCAACUCUAGCAGUUCGGCCCAAUGUGACAUCCACACAACGCCAUCAGUUCAAUUUCCAUUUAUCAAUGAUACUGACUUUGAAGGCCGUGCAGCGGAAAGCUCACCCAACUCCAGCAUACAUACUCAACCCCUACACCAAACAUCUCGAUCUUCAACACCUUGUCCUUCAGGACCAUUUAUUCCGAUUCGACAGAAUAUGAUAGACACUUCUCCAAUCUCUAGGAUUUCGCCAUUUCUUUUUCCAAUGUUUUCUGGCCAAGACAGAGCAUCCCCUUGGACUAGACCGCCAACUCCUAAACCAUGUAAAUUGAAUGAUACUACGGUUGCUCCGAAAAAGCGUGGAAGAACUCCAGUUAGUGCAAACUGUGCUAGUCAAAGUAAAGUAAAUAGCGAAAAAGUCAACAAUACCCAAGUCCCAAGUGGCGGAGACCUCGGAGAUAACCGCGUAGCCCCCCUAAUGCUCAAUCAAACAAGAAAUUCAAAAUCACUGAUGCUUUUUUAUCUAACGGAAAGUAUUUCAUUAAAGUUCCUGGCAACGAAAAACUCAUUCCAUUUACAUUUGAUGCAAGAUUUGGCAUUCCUAAGCAUGUCAAGAUUCAUGAAAUGGAUGCUGCUGGAUAACAAUCAAUCAGAAAGUCAGAAACCACCUAAGAAACUAAGAAAUGUUUUUAUCAUUCAUCUUGUAUAUUCUUCUCCUGUUUUGUUUUAAAAUAAUCAAAUAUUGUACACAGACACGAAUUACAAACAAUAUCACAAUAUA